CGGCCACCGAAGAAAGUACAAACGACAAUUUUAAUCACGACUGAAGACUUGACAUUAUCGUCGGCUUAAGACCGUCGGGUAAUUUCUCCUGUUUUGAGGGUUGACAUCGCACAACAUGGACAACACCACAGAUAUCCUUCACGAGAAUCUGAAUUUCACCGUGGUUUCACCGUUGACGACUGAGGUCUCUCCGUCAACGGAUCCGAUACUGGGUAUCGAUUCCUGGUACACGACCGACAUUAUGGAACAAGCGUCAGGAACACUCAAGAUUUCUACUUUUUACGGCACGGAGUACGACUUCGUGAACAUCACCGCGACUCUCCCCACUGAGCCCGCGGGAGGAAUGUCUCUAAACUCGGGCCAGAUCAUCAUCGCUGUGCUCAGUAGCCUCUGUUGCCUCGUAACAAUCUUAGGUAACCUCCUCGUGCUCUUUGCGUUUUGCGUAGAGCGUCGUUUGCGCACCUACAUCAAUUAUUUCAUCGUGGGGCUCUCCCUGGCUGAUCUAAUAGCUGGGGUCUUCACCAUGCCUCUGUAUACCGUCUACUGGGUGCUGGGCUACUGGCCUUUCAGCUCAGCUCUGUGUGACAUCUAUCUGUACCUCAACCAUGUGUUCAUUCAUAUCUCUCUUCUGGCCAUCCUGGUCUUGGCUGCCGAUCGGUACCAGGCCGUCUACCAUCCCUUGAAGCAUCUCCGCAGGCGCACCUUGCGUCACGCCAUCUUCAUGAUCUCAAUCUCCUACAUCAUUCCCUUUCUCCUCUGGCUCCCCUGGUGCCUUCUCUGGCCUUACAUCGUUGGCGUCCGUCGCAUCAGACCCGGAUUCUGCUACCCGCAGUACGUAGUGGACAGUCUGGUCUUCACCAUCCUGGCCCCGGUCUGUUUCUUCUGGAUCCCCACACCCAUAAUCGCGGUGCUCUACUUGCGCAUCUACUUGGUCAUCAAGAGAAAGUCGUCGCACAAGAAAGGUCCUGUCAUGAUGCAGGAGUUGGAAAGUAGUACCGUGUCAUACAAGACCAGGUAUCAAACGGAAAAAGUCCCAAACAACAGCCUGCAAGCAUCCAAAAAUCAACAAGAAGAAGACUACCCAGCUCCGACCAGCGCAGGGCCCACAUUUGAUCAUGAAAACCCCGGCUUCGAGCCAAACCAAGAAGAGACAACCCACGAAAACACCUUCAAAAAUGACACGACAGAGCGAAACCAAAACACCCCGGUCCCUCUUAACACAUCUCACCUUCACUCCACAAACAAAAGCCAAUUGCCGAUCCUGGACUCUAUCGACAAGCAGAUGACAGCUCAAGGAGAUGCACUCGAAGCAGAACACGGGAGUACCAAUUCCCGGAGUCCUCCACCGAGCGUCAUUGGGCAGGGACGGGAGAGCCGACGGGAGAGUACCCGUGCGACUCGCACCCUGACACUCAUCUUUAUCGUACUUAUCGUCUCUUCUAUACCGUGGUCUAUUCUCGUCAUUAUUUAUGCACUUUGCCCAACAUGCAUACCUCUUGUCCUCUAUCAGUCCAGUGUGUACAUCGCUCACGUGAACAGCACCGUGAACCCGUUCUGCUACGCCAUAGCCAACCCCCUCUACCUAGAGGCAGUCAAGAAGCUAGCCUGCUGCUGGGGUAGGCGGACCAGGCGAGGAAGCAGUCGACGCUAA